UAAACAGAGGCCAGCGGGCCGAGCUAUCACAGUCGCUGCUCCCAUAGCUCUCCUUUCUUCUUCUCUUGUCUCUCCAUUUCUCCGACGCUGCGGCUAAAAUUUCCAAGUCCCAGAGCUCAGUCUCCAUCACUGUGCAACUGCUAAAACUACUACCCAUCAUCAAGCAAUAGCUAUGAAUCAUAAUAACAACAACGAUAAGAACAUUGCUCCUCCUAGGCCAAUAAUGGGUACUAAUGCUGUCCCUUCUUCUACUCCUCCUCCGCUCACUAAGGCUCCAGCUCCGGCCGAAAUUGAGAACCAAGUCAAAACAACCAAGGAAGCCCAGAAAGCUGAAGCUCAGAAAAAGCCAAGAAGUCGUAAAAAGGCCGCGUCUGUUUCCGGUACCGAGUGUCGUGAGGAUGACGUGAAACCACCUUAUUCUUACAUUGCUCUCAUUGCAAUGGCCAUAUCACAGUCUCCGAACAAGAUGCUCACUCUGGGUGAGAUUUGCGAUUUCAUCAUCCAACAGUUUGCCUAUUAUCGCAAAAGAUGGCCUGCCUGGCAAAACUCCAUUCGUCACAACUUGAGUCUCAACGAUUGUUUCAUCAAGGUCCCUCGGGAGUACGGCUCGUCCGGUAAAGGGAAUUUCUGGAAACUUCACCCAGCAAGUGCCGAGAUGUUUAAAAACGGGAGCUUCCUGAGACGAAGGUAUCGGUUUCUUCAUCAGCUCCCUCAAAAACCGUACGGUGAAGGACUAACCUCACCCACGUCCCUAUCGCCCGGCGCUAAUGGUGGGCCUGAGAACGGGUUUGCUCAUCAAGGCAUUAAAAUGGAGGGCGGUCCCCUCCCGAUGACUCCGCCCUUUGACAGCAAAGGCCACGUCGCUUACCCCUGCUACACUCACCACCCCGAUCAAAAGUUCUUUGGAUCAGUUCCUCCGACUUCAGAGGAGUAUUUCGCAGCCAGACGUGGGUUUACGUCUCCACCAGUUGGUGAGGUAGUCCCAUACGAGUUCCCCCACCUUCCUCCAUCCCAUAGAGGGUUCCCGAUAGCUGCCCCGCCCCCUCAUAUUGGAGCGUUGCGUCAUUAUCAACCAGGAGAAUGUAUAACACAGCCUUCCUGGGCCUACCCUCCUCUUAGCUCGCAACAGUCUCCUCUACCUGCCAACGUUGGGGCUCUACCUCCACCUAGUUUCGGAGGGACGAUGGUUAAUGGCCAACCGACCGAGACCUACCAUUUGGCGACUAGUGGAGGGGCGGCGCAACAAGGUUCGACUCCGCCUACUAGUCCUUCUCACCCGUAUCCGUUCUCGGCCCCGCCCACCAUGGAAUGUAACGGAUACCCUCACCCACCACCUCAUACUGAGGGACAGCACCCCGCUCUUACUGCUGGAGGCGUCGUCGAUCCUGGGAAAUUUAAUUUCACCAUUUCAAAUUUACUUAAGCAGUGAGGAGCCGUCCUUUUAAUUAGAGACUGUCUGUCGUUUGUCCUCAGGUAGAGUUCUUCCUGAUUUUAAAUAAUUACUUAUUAAUUAUUAUUAUUAUUAUUAUUAUUAUUAUUAUUAUUUAAAAGCUCUAUUAGAUGUAGUAGGAAAAUUAGAAUUUUUGGAGUGUGAAAAUUAUUAUUAAUAAUUAUUAUUAAUAUUAGAAAGAAAGAGCUUAUUAUUAUAAUUACUAGAUUUUUAAAUAUUUAACACAUUUCUAAUGCACUUUUUGCAUGCACACGCAUACAAUUAAAAAAUUCUUUUUUUUUCACUUUUUUUCUCUCGAUCCACUAAUCAUUAAUUAUUCAUUAAUCAUGACGUUUAAUCACCAAUCAAUUAAUUUUAUUAUUUUUUUUUUUAAUCUUAAUACGGUUUGAAACAGGUAUCACGAUUAAUCAUUAUUACUACUGCUCGAGUUUUUUGUAUUAAUUUUUUCUCUUCGCAUACACUUAAUUCUAACUAAUCGUCAAUUUUGUCACUUUAAUUUACAUUCAUAAUAACUACCCACUUAUUAUUAUUAUUAUAUUAAUUUUUUGGAUCACUUUCACAUUAACAUUAUUUUUGUAAAAAACACUCACUUACUUUUCUUCUUCUCUCUCUUCUUCUCUUUUCUUUUGCACAUUUUGUCACUUUAAGUUUUGUCUUGUUG